CUGGCGUGUAGAAGCCGAAUCUGAAACAGGCUCUCUCAUUGGUUUAAGCUUUUCCCCUCGCUCUGCGUCCCCGUUCCGGCCAGACCGGGCCGGGAGGUCAGUAGGAAGCCUCCGGCUAGUGGCGAGACCCAGGUGUCCGGGCGGUGGGCUCUGCGGGGAGUUGGAGAUGUGCAGCUAGAGGGGCUCUGCGACCCCUUGCCACCUGCCUCACCACCCACCCACUGAGAUCCUAUCCACCCACCCCGGCCGCACCCACGCUACCUUGGGGUAGGCAAAGGAGUCUCCCCAGCCACAAUUUCUGACUUCCCCAGAGUGGCUCUAAAGUAGGGCUCCAGGGCUCGGAGCAGCUGGGUAUGGGUACCAAGAAUGAAAGCCCUGAACCGGACUGCCAGGAACAGUUCCAGGCCGCAGUCAGAGUCAUUCAGAACCUGCCUAAGAACAGUGAGGGAUAUUACCGCCCCUCCUAUGAAGAGAUGCUGCGAUUCUACAGCUACUACAAGCAGGCUACCAUGGGGCCCUGCCUGGUCCCCCGGCCUGGCUUCUGGGACCCCAUUGGACGAUAUAAGUGGGAUGCCUGGAACAGCCUGGGCAAGAUGAGCAGGGAGGAGGCCAUGUCCGCCUACAUCACUGAGAUGAAGGUGGUGGCACAGAAGGUGAUUGAUACAGUGCCCCUGGGUGAGCUGGCAGACGACAUGUUUGGUCACUUAGAGCCCCUGUACCGGCUGAUCCCUGACAUGCCGAGGCCCCCGGGAACCUUCCUGAAAAGGGUGACAGGAUUGAAAGAGCAGGGCCUGAAUGGAGACGCUGAGGCUACCCCAGAGCCUCCCUGCCUCUCCAAGGAACCAGCACUCCCAAGCCCAGAGUCCCAGCCAUCCAGGGGCAUGGAUUCUGAGGUUUUCUGUGAUUCCCUGGAGCAGCUGGAGCCUGAGAUGCAGGUUUGGGGAGAGCAGAGGAGCACACCUGGAGGAGAGCCGGGCACCCUUGGAGGAGAGCCUGACACCAGAAACAGUCCCUUGCCUCCCACAGGGAAAGAGGAGUUGAAGGGCAGCCUGCCGGGGCCCCGGGAAUUGGAUACUUGGCUGGUGGGGACAGUUCGAGCACUGCAGGAAAGCAUGCAGGAUGUCCAGGGGAGACUGCAAAGCCUGGAGAGCAUGCCUGUCCCCCCCAUGCAGCAGAGGCCCCAGGCCAGUUCUCGGCCUUGGCCCCGCGGGCUCUCGGGUCCCACGCUGCUAUUCUUCCUCCUGUGGCCCUUCGUUGUCCAGUGGCUCUUCAGACAGUUUCGGACCCAGAAGAGGUGACUCUCAAUGAAGGCGUCUCUGCAGCCAACGGAGGAAGAUAUGAGCCCCCUGUCCUGCUGUGCCCUGAGCCUUCCCAGGGUUUAGCCAGAACAGCAUUAAUUCCCCACCCCCCACCCCCACUAUUCAGUGUUUGCCUUGGCACCCUUUCCUUAAUGGGGGGUCCCGUAUGACCCCACCCUUCCCUGCAGCUUCACAAGGACGCUUCUCCGCUCCCCCUUCCCCCCCAACCACUCAGGCUUCCUUGGGAGGCUGCACUUGUGGUGCAAGUCCCGGGUUCUGGGUUGGCCGGUGACUCGGAGGCGGGGUUGCCGGGUCUCAGCCUCUGUCCUCCCCACCCCGAGUCACCUGACUCUUCUCCUACCCCAGCCUCUCCCUUUGGAGUCGCAGCUCGGGCGAGUUGGGACUUGGGCCGGGACCUGGGAUUGGUUGGCUGGGCGGCUUCGGGAGGGAGGCCCGGCCGAGGUGGGGGAAGGCGGAGAGAGCAGGCCCCGGGGGAGGGGCGUGAGCUCCGUUUGCUGGUCUUCCUCUCCGCACACACACUCAGGACGUCUUCACUGAAGAUUCACUUACAGAUGAAUGUUUCGCUAAAUAAAAUAAAACCUUAAUCUUC